ACAGGGCUUUCUUUAUGUGCAGGUUCGAGAUGCCAUACAACAUCUGGUGCGAUGGCUGCAAGAACCACAUCGGCAUGGGAGUUCGGUACAACGCCGAAAAGAAGAAAGUGGGCAAUUACUACACGACCCCGAUCUACAGAUUCCGGAUGAAAUGCCACCUGUGCGUGAACCACAUCGAGAUGCAGACGGACCCGGCCAACUGUGACUACGUCAUCGUGAGCGGCGCCCAGCGGAAAGAGGAGCGCUGGGACAUGGAGGACAACGAGCAGGUGCUGACGACAGAGCACGAGAAGAAGCAGAAGCUGGAGACGGACGCCAUGUUCCGCCUGGAGCACGGCCAGGCCGACCGUGGCACGCUCAAGAAGGCGCUGCCCACGCUGAGCCACAUCCAGGAGGCCCAGAGCGCCUGGAAGGAUGACUUCGCCCUCAACAGCAUGCUGCGCAGGCACUUCCGGGAAAAGAAGAAAGCCAUCCAGGAAGAGGAGGAGCGAGACCAGGCAUUGCAGGCCAAGGCCAGCCUGAGCAUCCCGCUGGUGCCCGAGACGGAGGAUGACCGCAGGCUGGCCGCCCUGCUCAAGUUCCACACCCUGGACACCUAUGAAGACAAGCAGAAACUCAAGCGCACAGAGAUCAUCAGCCGCUCCUGGUUCCCCUCUGCAGCCGGGCCUGGGGGCAGCAGCAAGGCUGGCAAUGUCCUGAAGAAGCUGGCCCAGAGCCGCAGGCCUGCCCCCGCCACGUCCCCCGUCACCAGGGGUGACCUGGGCAUCGUCCGACGGCGGUCUCGGGACAUCCCGGAGAGCCCCCAAGAUGCCCCUGAGACCCCCACAGCCAAGGAGCCACAGGUGCCAAAGGGGACUGGUCAGGACAGGCACUCGUCCCCCCAAGACUGCUCUCCAGAGGACAGCUGUCAGGACCAGCCUCUGCCCCCGAGAGGGGCGCUCCAGGAGGCAGCAGGCACCUCGGACGCCCCACAGCCCUGUGCCCUCAGCGCCUCCCUGGUGGCGGACUAUUCAGACUCAGAAAGCGAAUGACCACGGGCCAACUGCAAAGCCCCUGCCCGGAGUCUGCUCCCACUUCCCCUUUGCCCCACCCCCCACCCCCCGACAACAGUGAGUUAUUUAUUUGGUCCCAUGAGGGCAUUCAUGCCUUAUGAGACCCCAUGUCCCUUAUUAAAGCCCUACCUCUUUGA